AUGGCUCGUGAAGCAGUUCCGUUUGUACCAAUGUUACAUCCAAAACAACUGAAAGAGUUGGAACAAUCGCCCGGUAUGAGUCGACGGGCCAGUGCCCAUGUGAUAUUUCCUUUACCCUCAGUUGGGCAGCUGCGCAGACACAGCUGCGAUACGAGACGUGAGAAAGGUAGUCGGGAGCAUUUAAACGAAACCUCUCCCGGUAAUUUGGUUCCUCGCGUGGAAAUCCAGGGCAGUGUGGAAUCCUUGUCUCGGCGAAGCAGUGAGAAUGUCCUCACAUCCUCUCGACGUUGUUUUGCCGGUAGUGCUUCCGGCUCAGCCACGGGGGUCACUGGGAGUGGAUUACAUUCCAGUGGUAUGCUAGACGGUUCCGAAUCCCAGCUACUCACCGCAAGGGUUUGUGAAGGUCCCUUCAUAUCCGCCCCGUCUUCCCGUCCUGGAUCUCGUAGACCAUCUGGGUCCAGUGUGAGUAACUGGACAAUAGAUCCAAUGCCCAUUCCCAACCGAGAAACCGACAACUCCGGACUAAACGGCCGUUCGCGGGUACGAUUUACGUGCACAUAA